GUCUCCACCAACAUAAGGCCCUUACGAGCAAAUUCGCCCGCCACUGCGUUACAACUAUGCCCCCAUCCCGACGCAAUCUAUGGUAUCGUUGCGGUUGAAGCUACUCCAAUAUCCAGUGCUGCGACAUUGCACUGGUACUACAAACCGGAAUGUCAACAACUCAGCCGUCUUCUCUGCCCACCACAUUGAGUUGUCUCAACUAGGCAAGCGGACAGUCUAGGGUCUUUUCCUUGCAAGUCCUUACGUGUAAACGCUUCAUUAGUAGUUCAGAGCUGCUCACCAUAGUCGUCGGUCGUCAAGGGCUCAUAAGAAUGGGGAGGACAGCGGCAUUCGCCGCUGCCCUUCUCCUCCCCCUCCUGGCAUCGACGGUGUCAGCACAAGUAGCAAAAAACGCAGACCUCUGGUGCGCUUUGUCAGGCUACUCCAGCUCUCCGGCGUGCUCGCCGUCGCCGACGCGCUGUGCGACCGUAGACCAGUAUUACGGGAGAAACGACGCUCGUUAUGACAUCUGCAUGAUCCCCGGCCCUAACCUACAGUGGCCGUAUGGAAAGACGUACUACAACAACAUUUGCAACGGCGCUGCUGGCGUGCUGCAAGUCCCCUUGAAGAACCGCUACGCCGUUUCUUGGGACUCCUCGCCGGUCCUGGCCGACGCCUACAUAUACCGUGUGUACAGCAGCACGCCCGACACGCAGCAGCUGCUGUACAUCACCAUCGCGAUUCGCGGCUCCGACAACGGAGGCUCCGACUCGCAGCUCUUCUACCAGGAGCCGUAUCCCCUGACGCCCGAUCCGGAUGAUGAGGACUUGGUACUGGAUAUGAGUUCCUCGAUCUACCUGUGGACGGACGCGAAGAACGUGACGUACAAGCAGUACGUGAACCCCAUGCUCUUCACGGGCAUCUACAGCUGCUUCACGUACGUGUUUAACCUGCGGAAGAUCUGCGAUCCAGCCAAGUCGUACAAGAACCCAGCCAAGCGCAACAUGAACGAGGUCUGCACGUGCCGCCCCGGCGUCACCAACUGCGACCCGGUUGACAUUGCCGGCGCUUCGGAUUUGUUCCUGGUGAUUAACGUCAACGGCGUGCCGUACUCCUCAUCUCAGAUCCAGAUGCCAACUGCGACUUGCGCUACACCCGCCUCCACGACCUCCCCAACUGUGCUGUCGAACAGCAACGGCCCGGGCAUCAUUACCCAGUACUCAGUCAACUCGGAUGCUUGCAACAACCGGCCACCUGCGCCGCCAAGCCCGCCGGUGUCGCCUUCUCCGCCACUGCCUCCGUCCCCACCACCUUCUCCUCCGCCGCCUCCCCGCCCGCCUCCGGAUACCUCCAUCAACGCGCAAAUCUCGCUGACGACGUUCAGCCCCACUCGUUUCUUCAGCUCCGGCUACGACUGCGACAUGGGCCGCAACCUGACUGCGUACUACUACCGCGGACGUACCUCGGUGCAGAAGGUGCAGUGCUCCAUUGUCGCAGUUUCCCAGACCGCGUCUGACACCGACUUCUACAUGAUUCAGUGGACCUACUACUUCAGCAGCGUAACCAACCUGCGCUACUUCUUCGAGUCGGUUGACAACGGCGACUUUUGGAAGGAUCUCUUCAACGCCCUGACUCCCGGCUGUGGCGCCGUGGGUAACUACACGGAUUCCGUCUACAACAAGAACAACCUGCUGCCUCCUGUGCCCCUGGCUAAGCAGAACCUCACGAACCCUCAGCCUUUCUGCGCGUUUGGCGGCGCAGUUUCCAAGGAUGACUGCUGGUUCACGCUCCCGGCGUACACCUGCCCCAAGCCGCCUUCGCCUCCGCCCAAGCCCCCUUCACCCCCGAAGCCGCCGAACCCCAACUGGCCUCCCUCGCCGCCAGCGCCGCCGUCUCCGCCGCUGCCUCCGUGCUUCGUUACCGUCAACGCCUUCUGGCCCAACAUGAACAGCACCACGGCCGAGGGCGCCUGCCUGGACUUCAUCCUCACCAUGAAGUACCUCUACUCGUACAACACCACCACCUGGUACUGCGAUGUCGUGUCGUACAAGUCCUCGUUCAUCAGCGUCUACACCACCUUUGUGAACGGCACCGAGGCGGUGUCCUUCUGGAACAACUUCAACAACCCCUACUUUGCAGUGGUGGCGCUGGCACGUAUCAACGCCGACUGCCGUACCAGCAUGGUCGCCGUCUCGGGAGAGUCUUGCAACGCCGCUGACGUCUACUGGGAUGUCCGCAACACCAACUACCCAACCAAGUCCCAAGUGUGCGGCCCCGCUCCGCCACGCCCGCCGCCCAAGCCCGUCCCAGUGCCCGAGCCCCCCGGCGGCCCCACGGGUGCUCCCGCGCCUCCGCCGCGCUUCCCAGGCCUGAAGGCGCCGCCACGGCCGCCGCCGCCGCCGAGCCCGCCGCCGCCGCCGUACAGCGACCCCAUGGUGCUCACCAUCUCCUCGAAUGUGCCGUACAGCGAGGGCGCCUGCGACCUGGCUGUGACUACGCUGGUGACCAAGCUGGUUUACUUCGACAGGCCCUACCAAGGCCCGGUGUGCAAGCUGGGUGCCACCCUGGCUUACUACAUGGUGAUCACGAUUGGCUUCUCCGACCCGCGCCACUCGGUGGCUUUCGGCAUGACGCUGGACGACGAGUUUGACCUGUUCGUGGUUCAGGCCAACCUGCCAUGCGGCUCCAGCGCACAGAUCCAGGCUAACGGAAACCUGUACGAGGAGAAGUGCACGAACGUGCCCGUCAUGUGCUGCAAGGCCCCGCCAUCGCCGCCGUCACCUCCGUCGCCGCCGCCGCCGCCGCUGCGCAAGCCGUCCCCUCCGCCGCCGUCGCCCUUCCCGCCUGAGAUGCCGUCCACGCCGUUCCAGCCACGCGCAAAGAAGACUCCGCCGUCGCCGCCACCACCACCGCCGCCGUCGCCGCCGCCAAGGGCUAAGAAGAGCCCUCCGCCGCCGCCGCCGACGCCGCCGCCACCACCGCCGCCACAGAAGUCCCCGCCGCCAAAGAAGUCUCCGCCGCCGCCAGUCAAGUCCCCGCCUCCUCCGGUGAAGUCUCCGCCGCCGCCGAAGUCGCCGCCGCCGCCGCCGCCCACCACCACCAGCCUCAACCAGUACCGCAUCUUCCAGGUAACCACUCCGGCCGUGGUCGGUAACCAGACGGUUACCUCCAACUACCUCUCAACCCUGUGUAACAACAUGAAGAUCGGCCUGGCAGCCAUCUUUGGCAGUUACGGUUGGGAUAACGGCGUGCAGUACGUGGUGCAAAGCAGCGCCUGCCCCACCAAGAGCUUCGCCAAUGGAACCCGGCAGUUCAACACGACUGUGCUGCUCACGGGUAGCGCUUCCUCCACGCUCGUGACCAACCUGAACACCCCGUCGUACUUCAAGACGUUUGUGACGGCCACCAACACGCUGUGCGGCUCCAAGGUGUCAGUUAUCAAGCUCUCAACGCAAGAGUUGUUCUUCACCAAGACCCCGGACAACUCCGCGACCGCACUGGACCCCAACAACUCAUUUGCUUCCUGCGUGAAGUCCUUGCUCAUCCUGAGCUAAGGAGUGGGUUGGGGGUUAAGAGUAGGGCUGUAGCUAUUGUGACAAGCCGCGAUUCGGAAACGGCCGCGGCAGCUCACAGCAGCAGCAGCACUCGACGCGUGGUGUUGGAUGGUGGUAAGGUGUUACGGAUCAGCAAAGCGUCCCAUUUGAUGUGGGCGCGUGGUGGUGGUUUGGCUGUGACAUGGGGGCUUAGAUGGGGGUUGCGUUGCAUGAUAAAUGACUCUCUUCUUGCUUCAGAAGGUUGCAAGGUAGCAGGGGACAGUAAAAACGCACGGCUGCGCCGAGGAUGAUCUUAUGCCGUGCUCCUUUACUUGCACCAGUGCAUGGUCUCUGUGGUCAUUACCUUGGGCUUGUGUGCGAGGUGCGUAAGCAGGGCCUUGGAAGAUCCUGUUAGUGCGGUCGACGCUUCCUUUGAAGCGUGGCUGUGUCUUGUACAACUUUAUUCAUCUUCUCGGCUGUGAUUACGUUUGCUGCGAUGCGCGCAUUUGGCAGAAGAAGACAUGCAGCGGGGACAACGGCUUUGUGUAUGUAUGUGUGUGUGUUUUACGUAAGCGGUGUGCGGGUGCGUGCCAGGUGUAAACACGAGGGAGGUCUUUUGACGUGCAUUUGUGUUGUUGCUGACCAUUGCGUUGGUUGCCAACACGCUGCACGAUCCAUGCACGACGCGACAGCAAAAGACAUGACCACAUACUUACUUAUGCGCGCGUGUGCCGCCCUCCAAAGGGUUUAGACUGGUGUGCUCUGCGGCGUGGUUGCUAGCAUGUACACCCGCAACGAUUUGCCUACGCCGCUCGCAACAUUGCAAGGGUUGCCUUUUGUGGGGUGCACGGCAGGACUGUUGUGAUCGCUGGUAUUGGGCAGCUGCUAUCCUCCUUCCCUCUCGCCUCAGGUCGUCAUGCCCCUCUCAAAGCGCGCGCAGCUGUGAAUGUGCACAAGUCCCUCCAUAAGUCCUAACCAGCGAGGGUGGUUGCUUGAGGCUUGACCGUGACUUUGCGGGCCUGCACCACUGCAUGCUGAGGGCCUUUGUUUUGUAUUGAUUGACAUCGUGACGGGUGUGAUGACCGUUUGCGUGACCUUACAAACUUGACAUAAAGUCAAUGGUGGGCUAGGGUUUGGGUUCAUGGGGUGGCACUCGUUUAAGGUGGGCUGAACGGUAUAUCUGUUUUCCGGAAGGCUGUUGUUGCUACUGCUGAACAAGCAGCAGCGGGGCGGGAUCGGUUUACAUAACGGGCUGGGCUGCGGCGACUAGGCGACUGUGUGUGCCCUGCGUUGAUGGCCUUGCCCUGAGAGGCUGUCACUGAUGUUAACGACGAAGGGAUGUGUGUGUCCUAUUGAACAACUUCUGAGCGGGUUUUUGGACCGUGUUGAUACGGAGACAUAUACGAAAGCACUUGGGACGACGAAUCGUGUGUUAAGUUGGGUACGUGUGCGUGCGUGCGUGCGUGUGUGUGUUGGAAGUCUGGAAGUAAUCUUUAUUUUGUGUUUUGUGCACCUAUUGGGAACCGGUUUACGUGCGCAAGGGGGUGCUUGGCAUUGGCUUUAACCCGGGGUGUGGUCUGCCUGCCGGCAACGCCGACAGCUGACAUGCACUGUAGUAAACACCCACACGACGCGCGUGUGUGUCGUCAGCUAUUGCAUCUUGACGUGCACGGGUGGGCACCGCCACCUCCCUAGGAGCGCAGCACAGAGUGUCCCAAUGUCUCGGAGAUCAAAACGCGAUUUAUUUAACAAAUCUCUUCCCGUGUAAUCUUUAUUGCUCGA